AUGAGUGGUGUGAGCCACACCGGUUCUAGUGGCGUGCACGGUGCACAGCAGCUCUUUCAAUUGGAGCAGUACGACCGUUGUGCGGCACUGGUGGAGCAGUUGCUUCUCAGUGAAGCGCAGACUGGUCUUCUUGAUAAAUGCACACUUCUCCAUCUUCUGGCGAUGAGUCUCCUGCGCACGGGCCACCUCACGCGUGCCAAGGAGGUGUUACAGCGGCUUGGCGAAGCCCUCACGCAGUGUGAAGAACUCACUCACGACGAAAGAGAAGCCUGGCGAGCCUGCUAUCUCGCCGAUAAGGGUGAAAUGCUGGAGUGCGAGGGUCACCUACUGGAGGCAGAACGCGCCUUUACAGAUGCGUCUUUGAUUCAGGCUGUGGUCGGUUAUAACUAUUAU